GAACUACAUUACCCUGAAGACUAUGCUCCGCGGGAUGGCUGUGAGCGCCGCUCUGAUGACGUCACAGAAAACGGGCGUUAGUGGCUCGUGUUGUCAGGGGCGGGACUUCCUGUGUCGCCAGGGAGGCCGUUUGUUCGUGAUGGAGCAGUUGUGUCUCUAUCUUAGCUGACUUCUACCCGGGUCGUCGGGACGAAGCGGGGAGGACAGCCUGGAGGGCCCACCUGCGCCUUUGUACGACCUGGGGGAGGGUCAGCUAAGUCCGCUGGACCCGCCGGUCUCUGGCGCCCUCACGUGGUCCUACGCUCCCCGCGGUGCGAUGGCGGCGCUGGUGACCCCGGCGCAGGUGUUGGUGACCUUCAAGGAUGUGGCCGUGACCUUUACCCGGGAGGAGUGGGGACAACUUGACCUGGAUCAGAGGACCCUGUACCAAGAGGUGAUGCUGGAGAUCUGUGGGCUCCUGGUCUCACUGGGGCAUCCAGUUCCCAAACCAGAGUUGAUCCACUUGCUGGAACAUGGGCAGGAGCUGUGGAUGGGAAGGAGAGGCCUCCCACAUAGCAUGUGCCCAGAUGACAGAGCAAAACGUCAGACCAGAGAGCUGGUUUUGUCUGAAGGAGUCUUGCUCCAGGGAAGCCUGACUCUGGGAUCUUCAAGGGACUGCAGGUCGAGGCAAGCCAUGGAUCCAGAAGGGCUUUUGGAAGUCCAGAAAGGUCAGCUGAGGCCAGAGACAGACUCCCGCAAGGAAACCCAUCCUGGGAAAACGAGCCUUGAAGAUGAUGGUUUGGAGGCGGAUGAUGGUGUGCACUCCAGGGCGUUCCAGGAGAGAGUCUCUCAGGGAGAUGUUCUCUGUGAGCGUGACCCACAGGGACCAGGAAAAGGCCCCCUGAUUCAUAACCUCUACAAGUGCAAGCAGUGCGGGAAGAGUUUUAACAGGAAGUGGUACCUUGUUCGACAUCAGCGGAUUCACACUGGAAUGAAGCCCUAUGAAUGCAAUGCGUGUGGGAAAGCUUUCAGCCAGAGCUCAACCCUGACCCGGCACUACGUCAUCCACACCGGGGAGACGCCAUACAAAUGUGCCGAGUGUGGGAAGGCCUUCAAACGCAGGUCAUACCUCCUGCAGCACCAGCCGAUCCACACUGGGGAGAAGCCCUAUGAGUGCGGCCAGUGUCGAAAGGCCUUCACCCACCGCUCUACUUUUAUUCGCCACAAUAGGACCCACACUGGAGAAAAACCCUUUGAAUGCAAAGAAUGUGAGAAAUCAUUUAGCAACAGAGCACACCUCAUCCAGCACUACAUCAUCCACACUGGAGAGAAACCCUACGAUUGCACAGAGUGUGGGAAGGCCUUCAGGUGCAGCUCAGAACUCCUACAGCACCAGCGGAUUCACACGGGGGAGAAGCCCUACGAGUGUGCCCAGUGCGGGAAGGCCUUUCACCGGAGCACGUACCUCAUCCAGCACUCUGUCAUCCACACCGGGGAGACGCCAUACAAGUGCGCCGAGUGUGGGAAGGCCUUCAAACGCAGGUCACAUCUCCUGCAGCACCAGCGGGUUCAUACUUGAGAAAAAGGCCUUCACCGCUGCUCCUUUUUUGUCUUUCAUGAGGGGAUCCAUGCUGGAGGGAAGAACCCUUUGAGUGUAAAGAAUUCUGGGAGGGUUUUUUGUCUGCUUUUCAAAUGCAUAAGUGGUCAUGUGGGAGAAGACGCCUGGCGAAUGCAGUGGAAAUGUCAAAAGCCUUCGGCCCCUGCUCAUCGUUCAGAGGAUUCAUUCUGUGGAGAAACUCAGCACAUGAAGCUAUGCCACCCGUGGGUCCGUCCACCUCUGUCAACAUCAGAGAACAUACCUGGGAAAGAUGUUCUGAAUGUAACCAGAAGGACGCUCCUCAGCCAAAAGAAGACUCAUCCUCGCCACCUGAGAAUGUGUAAUGAAGAGGAACCACUUAAUUAUUGCCGUGAGAAAGCCUCCUGUGACAUGUCACCACUAGUCACGUAGAGUCAUAUUGGAACUUGACGGAGCUUGGGCUUUCCCUGUGAGGAAGCGCAGAGGAGACAGACUCAGGGUUCGUUAUGCGCUUAUAACAACAUUCAGCCACAGGGCUCCCCCUUGGUUUGCACUUAAGCCAUCUCAGCAUUAUGUUAAAAAGAAAACUAACAAGGGAAUUCCCUGCAGAGUCCCAGUGGUUAGGACUCCGCGCUUUCACUGUCGGAGGACCUGGCUUUGAUCCCUGUCGGGGAACUAAGAUCCCGCAAGCCCCACGGUGUGACCAAUAAAGAAAAAAGAAAAAUAACAAAGAGGUGGAGGGGAUAGAGACAAAGACUAUAAACGGAAAAAAACAAAUGCUUUCGUAAGCUCUUUCAGACUUUCCUGCCAAGCCUGUUGCAGUUUUUCAUCAGUUCUGUUUUUUGGUGGGGCAAUGUUUGAGGGAGCAAAGGACCCCAGCCCUUUGUUUUUAUGUGUUCACUGCUGUCUUGUGUCAUGAAACUUGGACGUUGAGGGCAGCUCCACCAACAUUUGUUGGAAGGCUUGGUUCCGAACAUCUCUAGCCAUUGGCAUAAUUCUUUGUGAGAAAUAUGAGGGCUUGAGUCAUGAGCUACUUGAACUUGUAAGAAAUUAGAAUACCGAAAAUAGCAUCACACAAUACUUGUAUUUUAUAUCUAAGGAGAGAAUGGUCCACAUAGGGAUCGCCACAUUAAAAUGUGCACCCCUAAA